GAGAGUGACGGUUUUACUUCCUUAAAUUUGCUUUAGACAAACCGUGUUUACAGCGCAGGAGAAUCUGGGUUUUAUGUGGAUUAAACAAUAAUACGUCGCUUGUAGGACACGCAGGGCUUUAUGUGUCUGCACCCUGGACGGUGAGGUGUCCAGGGAUGACUCUGAGCUCCAUGGGUGCUUGCUGCCUCAGCCCUGAGGCCAAAGAGGCUCGCAGGAUCCACGAUGAGAUAGAGAGGCAACUCCGCCGGGACGAGAGGGACUCCAAACUGGAAUACAAGCUUCUUUUGCUCGGGACUGGCGAAAGUGGGAAGAGUACUUUCAUCAAGCAGAUGAGGAUCAUCCAUGGCCGGGGAUACUCCGACGAAGAUAAGAGAGGCUUCAAACAGCUGGUCUACCGGAACAUCUUCGCAGCCAUGCAGGCCAUGAUCCAGGCCAUGAACAUAUUGAAAAUCCCCUACAAGUAUGAAAACAACCAGGCCAAUGCCGGUAUUGUCAGUGUGGCUGAUGCGGAGAAGAUCAUAACAUUAACAAACCCGUUCGUGGAUGCCAUCAAGAGCCUGUGGAGCGAUCCGGGGAUUCAGGAAUGUUACAAUCGGAAGAGGGAAUACCAGCUCUCAGACUCAGCCAAAUACUAUCUGGAUGAGUUGGACCGAAUCUCUCAAACGACAUACCUGCCAACCCAGCAGGAUAUCCUGAGGGUCAGGGUGCCCACAACAGGUAUUAUAGAGUACCCCUUUGACCUGGAGAGGGUGGUGUUCAGGAUGGUGGAUGUGGGAGGCCAGCGUUCAGAGAGGAGGAAGUGGAUUCACUGUUUUGAGAAUGUGACUUCCGUCAUUUUCCUGGUGGCACUCAGCGAGUACGAUCAGGUCCUCAGCGAGUCGGCCAAUGAGAAUCGAAUGGAGGAAAGCAUAGCCUUGUUCCGGACAAUCAUGAGGUCGAAGUGGUUCGAAGAGUCCUCAGUCAUCUUGUUCCUCAACAAGAUUGACUUACUGGAGGAGAAAAUUAUGUAUUCACAUUUGGUUGACUACUUCCCUGAAUAUGAUGGUCCUCAGCGGGAUGUCAAAGCAGCGAAAGAGUUCAUCUUAAAUAUGUUUAAGAGUCUCAAUCCAAACAUGAAAAAAUUAAUCUACUACCACUUCACCUGUGCCACAGACACAGACAACAUCCGAUUUGUCUUCUGUGCGGUGAAAGACCAUAUCUUGCAAGGCAACCUGAUAGAAUUCAACUUGGUUUAAGACUGUGAUGGUGCCGCUGUAAUUCAAUCUACCUUGUACAGCUGGCAGUCGGCAGAGCUCUGCAGUGCUUCAGUUCGCCUCACACUGCUGCUGAACACUGUAAUCCAAAACAGGAUUGAGAAGCUACAGAGCUUGUCGCCAAAUGACUGUACUACUGAUGUAUUUCAAAUUCUCCUGUUAGGCUCUUUGAAAAUGGAUUUCUCCAGCUAUAAUGAAGUGUGUCCUGACAAUUAAAGUGCUGCCUUAGUGAGGAGUCUGUUACAGUAUGUACCCAUAUAUAUGUUGCUGUUUUUGAGCAGUAACAGUAUAAAUGCACGUGGAUGAAUUGAGAGGGGGGAAAAGUAUUUUAGUGGCCCCGUAAGCCUCUAAGGACUAGUAAUGUACUAGGUCUGUCCUUCAGGGAAUCUGUGGAAGUGAAUGUAGACUAACUGCAGUGGUGAAGGAAGUACUCAGAUACUGUACUCAAAUGAAAAACCAAUAUAGCAAUAUAAAAAUACUCCUACAAGUUAAAGUCUUGCAUGAAAAUCCCUAAGUACCUUUUAUCUGAGUAAAAGUACAUAAGUAUUAAGAGGUUCAUUUAGUUUAAGUAUUGCAAAGAAAUUAGUAUAUUAUUAAAUAUGACAUAAUUGGCACCAGUGUGUAAGCAGCAUGUUACUAUACUAUACACCGCUUUUUGUAAGGCAUCAAAAGCCAAAAAGGUUGGAAACAAUGUGUUAACAAUCUGUCGUGUAUUAAAACCUUGUUAUAUUAUCCAUUGUAUCAAACCGUAAUGUAAAAAAUAACUAAAGCUGUCAAAUACUGUAUUUCCUUAUAUAUUUUAUACGCCAAUUAAAAGGGAGUCAUAGUA